CUUAGUGGAGAAAUUUCUGAUAAACUUGUCAACAUCUUCAUUAUAAUCACUAUGAUAUUGUGAUUUGUGAUCAUUUGUAAAGGGUUUGUUGAACAUUUAGGACUGUUCUUAGAGCUAAUCUUCUGCUGAGAAAGAGUGUCAAAAUGGAUCUUAGAGUAAAUCUGGUGUUGAUUCUUAUUGUGAGUGUUCUUACAAGUGCAGGAUGGUCUCAGAGUACUACCAUCUCCUGCUCCAAUAAGAUCUAUGCUGGAUUUUUUCAUACAACUUUCACCUGUGAACUAAUUGGAUUGGAUUUAAUGGACAGCGAUGAUGCAGCAAUUGAGGAGAGUAUCUAUUUAAAUCACUUGAAGAUAUUCAAUUCAACUAUCACGAAGCUUCCAGUAAGGCUUCUUGGAAGGCUUAUCAGUUUGCAAUCAAUCAGUGUUAAGGCAAAAAUUGAUCGUGUUGACGUGUUGAGCAUGAAGAAAGUUAAAUCAAUUGAUUUAUCUGGAAAUGAUAUCCAUUCUCUAGCUGACUUUGCUUUCUCAGGAUGUACAGUCCUUAAAGAACUCGAUCUUCAUGGUAAUAAAAUAACAGUUGUCCAAGGAAACAUUUUUGAUGGACUGUCUCAAUUGCAGUCGGUUAAUUUGGCAGAAAAUAGUAUCUCUCAAUUGCCUUUUGGGCUUUUUGCUCAAACACCUUCCCUUGAGGUCUUCUGGGCACAAAAGAACCUUCUGCAGGAGAUAAAAUUAGAAAUGUUUGCUCAUUUAGGAUCUCUAAAACAAUUGGAUUUUAGCAACAAUCGCCUAAAGAAAGUUGAGAGUCCGCAGACGAUUCUCUCCAUAACGCCCCUUAUCAGCUCUAAUCUCGAGUUGAGCUUCAACAAAUUGGGAUCACUGAGUCUUCAAAAUACAGAUAUAUCAUCAGUAAAUGUGAGCAACAAUCAGCUCAGAAAUAUAACACUCGGAAAAGAUUGCAGAGAACUUUUUGCUGAGAACAAUGAGAUUGAGAAAAUUGCCUUUGAGAAGUCAAUUGCGACCUUAGAGGUGCUCAAUUUGGCGGGUAAUCAACUGAAGGACAAUCUAGGAGAUGUUUGUCAAUGCGAGAAGCUGCAGGAAGUAUCCUUGGCAUCGAAUGCAAUUGCAAAUUUGGGAUUUUGUUUCGCUGAAAUUCACACGCUUAAGCAUUUGGAACUGCAGAGGAACCGAAUCACUCAUAUCGAUUACGGAUACUUCCAUGGGAAUAAUGUCCUUGAGACGCUUGAUCUAUCGUACAAUUUACUUGAAGGAAUCGAUGGGCAUGUCUUGUCGCUUUUGCACAACUUGAAGAAGCUUUUCUUGGAUGGAAAUAGAAUUGAAGAUAUCUCCGAUGAUUUGGCUAAAAUCCUUCCUCAUUUGUCUAUCAUUGGAUUGUCUCACAAUCGAUUUCAGUGUAACCGACUACUGACGAUCUUUCGACAACUCAAAGCCACAAGAAAUGACAUUGUGCUCAACAUUGAUAAACCAUCCAUUGUCAACACAACAAACAUCCAUGGAAUCAUCUGUUACAAUACCAAGCAUAAUUCUUCAGGAUCUUCAGGAUCUACUCUAAGGAUCACCGAUGAAGCUAACGCAACAAUUUGGCGGGAGAUACAAAAAAUCAAAUUCGAACUUCAAGAUUAUUCAGAUCUUGUGUGGAAAAUGGUGAAAUCCAAUGAAAAUCUUCGGGAUGGACUUGCGGCGAAUCUUACACUAAUCGCAUCGUUGGGAAAUUCAAAGAAGAAAGAUGAAAAAAAUGAAGAAAUUACCGAUGCUGUAUCACUGAAGAAUUUCAGGAAGUUCAUGCAACUGAUAAAUAUGAGAAUGGAUCAAAUUGAGAAUAGAAUCAAUGAGACGAGUAAUUCAAACCUGGAAAGUGAUGCAACUGGAGAGAAAAAUCAUUCCUUAAUGACUUUAAUGGCGGUACUUUCAGUGAUUUUGGUGAUAUUGGCAGGGUUUCUUGUUAUUUGGUACAAUUCGGAUAAGAUCUGCAUCAAAUACUGUCUCUAUCGGAAAAUUUCGCUACAGCAAUCAGGAGAAUCUCUCAGAACCUUCUCAUAAUCUGUGAAAGUUGCAAAAUUAUUAUUAUUAUUAUGGCAAGUGUACCACGGAUCGGAAUGUUAAGAGAAGUGUUCAAUAUUUAGUUGGAAAUAUAAGCCCCAAAACACUAUUUGAUAUUAUUAUAUGUGCCAAUUGGUGUAUUAGUGUUCCAUUCAACUAUAUCUGAGUAUAUUUAUAGUUUCACUAUUCACUAGAAUUUAAAAAAAAUAGGUGUAAUUGCAAGAAUCCACUGUGUUUCACGGAUCAGAAGGGAGUUAAUCAGAUGUUCCACGGAUCGGCAGACAAAAAAAUAUUGACAAUUUUAAGUAAAUUUGGUCUUGUUUUUUUUUUUAAUAAAUUUUGGUAUUUAUUUCA